AUGGUGCAAUUCAAGUCUUUCGUUUCCCUCGCCGCCCUGGCUCUGCCCCUCGUCUCUGUUGCCUCCGACGUCCUGAACCUCAUUCCUUCCAAUUUCGACACCGUGGUCUUCGAGUCCGGAAAGCCAGCACUCGUCGAGUUCUUCGCCCCGUGGUGUGGCCACUGCAAGAACCUCGCUCCCGUGUAUGAAGAACUCGCCACCGCAUUUGCCGCCGCCGGCAACAAAGUCUCCAUCGCCAACGUCGAUGCCGACAAGCACAAAGAGCUUGGAAAGAGAUUUGGUGUGCAGGGAUUUCCCACGUUAAAAUGGUUUGAUGGCACACCCGGGGCCGAGCCGCAGGAAUACAAUGGCGGCCGUGAUCUCGAGAGUUUGACCAAGUUCAUCACCGAGAAGUCUGGUGUCAAGACCAAGAGUCCGAAGAAGGCUGUGAGCCAUGUUGAGAUGCUCACGGAUACUACCUUCAAACAAGAAAUCGGAGGGGACAAGGAUGUUCUUGUUGCUUUCACCGCUCCAUGGUGUGGCCACUGCAAGACUCUCGCUCCCGUGUGGGAGAAAGUCGCUGCCGAUUUCGCCUCCGAACCCGGCGUGCUCAUCGCCAAGAUUGACGCAGAAGCCGAGAACUCCAAGGCCACGGCGCAGGCACAGGGCGUCACCGGCUACCCUACGAUCAAGUUCUUCCCCAAGGGCUCCACCGAACCCGAGGCAUACGGCGGUGGCCGAAGUGAAGAUGCGCUGGUGGAUUUCGUCAACUCAAAGGCUGGCACUUUCCGCGUGGCGGGUGGUGGACUCAGCACAGCAGCUGGCACGGUUGAAGCAAUUGAUGUUAUCCUGGCCAAAUACGUCACUGCCAAUGGUCUCAAGGACAUUGAGAAGGCUGCAGCUGAGGUCAAGAAGGUUGCGGGCGACUUGAAGGACAAAUCGGCAGAAUACUAUCUCCGUGCGCUCUCCAAGAUCACCGGUAAUCCGGAAUACGCCAUGAAGGAACAAACACGACUGGCUGGACUGUUGAAGAAGGGCGGUCUUGCACCAGAGAAGAUCGACGACUUGCAGAAGCGGAGCAACAUCCUCGCCAAGUUCUUGGUCAAGGAUGAGGCCAAGAGUGAGUUGUAG